AGUCCCUUAGCGUAUCCACAAGAAACGGGAGGUGACCGGUUUCUUGACGGCUCAGUCUCGAAUAGCAACGAUCAAAUCAAACCCCAAAAAAGUUUUAAAACCCCAAAAAAAAACUCUUCGUCGUCUCUCUCUCUCUCCCCUCUCUCUCUCUCUGCGUGUGUGUUGUUUCUACGCGCUGCACCUCAAACUUUUGUUUUUCCCUCCUCUCCCCUCUGUGUUGUCGUGUCCUUCUACAAAAGGCACGUGCAUCCAGACGGAGCGUUGGCGCACCGCAGAGUAAGUUCACUUCGUUGGCCUUGUAUGUUGUUGUCUUCUUUUCUUCUUUUCCCGUCUCUGUCCUCUUUUUGUUUUUUUUCCUUAGGUUUCUGUUGCCGCCAAAGAACGGGAGCCUGUUUGUAGCCGUCGUGGUGGUUGUUUGCCGAGUGUUGCCGCUUGUUUUAUUGUUUCCUUCCUCGUUGGGCCAAACACGAGUAAGUUGUGUCCGCUGCGCUCGUGAGAGAGUAGACCCACUUCUCUCUUUCUCUCUCUCUAUAUAUAUAGAGAGAGAGAGUGUCUCCCUCCUGUUCAAUCUUUCUUGUUCUAUUGUCGCUGUGGAUGUUGGCAUGGGUGUGCGAGUACAAAAAUAAAUAGGUUAUUCUUCUUACUCUGUUGUUUGUCAUUGCUCGCGGCGUGUGUGUGCGCGGUGUAUUGAUUACUUACCAGCUGCUGCGGUGCAUAGCACUCUGAUUCCUACACCUCUCUUUUACCUUUUGUUUGCUUGUUUCCUCUCUCUCUCGCUCCAGCCAGCGCGCGUGCCCUGAUCUUGCUCCUGCUUCCUGUCCUUGCACUUUCCCCUCCCUCGUUCGUUCAGGUUUAUUUAAUUUUUUUUCUCUUUUGUGAGGUCCGCGCCGUGCCACCGUUACUCAGCGGUGUUAUUAUUGUUCUUCUUGUUAUUUCUCCGAGCACGCUCGUGUCCACACGCGUCAGGAAAGGCGGGAGAGUUCUCAGCUGAAACAACCGUGACACACACACACACGUAUAUAUCGUGUUAUCUCCCGAAAAGGCAGAGAAAGAAAAAGAGUUGUGCCACUUCACGUCCCAUUUAUUAUUAUUAUUAUUAUUUCUUUCUUUAUUAUUAUCUGUCUCGGUGUUUCGGCCUCCGCCCGCCUCCGCCCUCGUCCUCCUCCUUCACCUCUGCGUUUCUUCUUUCAUUCGCACCGUGAAGAGGAGCAAAGCAGUUGUACCGGGGCAAGGAAGUCAAGCUAGCAGGAGACCAAAGGAAACCUCAAAGAACAUAUUCUAAAGAAAACAAACGGCGCAGAAGCGAUUUAUAUAUAUAUAUAUAUACACACACACGAAAUGUCAGACCCUGCACCCGCAGCUGACACGCCGUUGGAGCCGCCGAGAGUCCCCGCUGCGGCAAUGCCCGGUGCACCCGCCACCGCAGCCGCAGCGGCCACCGCCGGGGCGAAAGGGGAUGUGAAGAUUCCUCUGGCGACCGCGUCGGCGCCGGCGUCGCCCGCGGCGAACCAAGCCCGGCACAACAGCGCCAAUAACAGCACUAUUGCAGACUCCACAGCCAACAACAAUAGCGGUACCGUUGGUAUCAUCAGCGAUAACACCACCGUCGCGACGCCGAAACCGCCGGCGCCGGCCGAGACGCGCUUGAACGCAAAUGCGAAGUCCUUCACGCCGUCCGCCGUGCCCCCACCGCCACCGCCACCGCCGCCGAUGAUGCCGCCGGCAGCGGCAGGGGGAGGAAAUGGUACGACUCUCCCACCCGCCCAGCAGCCGCAGCACCCACCACCACCACCACCACAGCAGCAGCAGCAGCAGCAGCAGCUACCACUACACCAACCACAACCAACAGCGCCCAAGGGCAAUCACUACAACAAUAGCAGCAGCAAAGCUGUGUUGCCGCCGCCGCCGCCUCCGUCUGCACCGACGGCGCCCGUAUCGGCGAAGGGCGUGCCCGCAAUGCCAAACCCGGGCAGCAAAACCAUGCCGAUGACGCCGCAGUACCCGCCGGGCAUGCAGCCGGGAAAGCAGCCGAUGAUGGGCUUCGGCCCGACCCCUUUUCCAGGUGCGAUGCCGCCAGAGAUGAUGGGCGGUCCUGUGCCUGGCGGGUACAUGAUGCCGCAAGGUUUUAUGCCGCCGCCGCCGGGCAUGCAGAUGCCCCCGCCACCGCAUAUGCUGUACGGCCAGCCAGGCGGACCGCCGCCGCAGGCUGUGCCGGGUGGGAUGAUGUGGAUGCCGCAUCCCCAGCAGCCGAACCCGCAGCAGCCGCCCAACCAGCCGCAGCAGCCCGGCAUGCCGAUGAAUGGUAUGUUUCCGAUGCCCAUGGCGAUGCCACAGAUGCAGAUGCCGCCACCACACGGGCAGCUACCCGGGCACCUGGCCAUGCCUCCACCGCGGCCAGGAUCAGCAGGCCCAGGCGCGACAGCAGCUCCGCUGUCCGCGUCGUCUUCUUUUUCGCAUCCACCCGCACCGGCCGCGGGGCCAAAAGCGGGUGUGGUGCCGUCCCCGAUGCCAAACGCCAAUGCACAACUCCGCCCGCCGUCGCACGGGCAGACACCAAUGCUGCCACAGCCACAGCAGCACCAGCAGCAGCAGCAGCACACACACCCCUUGCCUGGCAUGAUGCCCGGCAUGCCGCCGCCGCCGGGGAUGAUGGCGUACUUCCAGCCCCCUCCCGGUAUGAUGCCGCCUGGCAUGAUGCCGGGUCCGAUGAUGGCCCCGCCAAGCAUGCAGCAACAGCAGCAGCUGCAGUUCCAACAGCAGCAACUUCAGUUUCAGCAGCAGCAGCAGCAGCGGUCAAACACGGUGAACAACAGCGUGCCGAGGCAGCCAUCGCUGACGGUGCCCAUGCCGGGUUGCGGCAAUAGUCUCUCCGCAUCGGGUAUUAUGCUUCCGCCGCCCCCGCCCGUGUCGAACGCCGCCGCAGCAGCAGCAGUGACAGCAGCACCUGGGACGACCGCCGCAGCAGUGGCGACGGCUGCUGCUUCAGGAGCCACGCAGGCCCGCAUCAGUGUGGGCAACGCGACGCUCGCAGCCCUCAACUCGAAGGAGCCGCCGAAGUUCUCGUGUGUGCUGCUCUCUGGCAUCCCGGCAGUCGGCAAGACAACGCUCGGCCGCGAGUUGGUGAACAGCCUUAAAACCGAUGGCAUGGGCUGGGCCUUCUUUAGCGGCGCGGACUUCCUGGUUGAGCAGCAGGGCAAGCGCUCUGUCUGGGAGACAACGAGGGAGGUCUUCGACGCCCUCAGCACCCGCCUGGACGAGCUGCUCGAGCAGCAGCGAGAGAGCCGCAGCAUCAAAGGGCUCGUCAUCGACAAGAACUGCAAGGGCAUUGAGGAUGUGUACUACCUGAACGCGCUGCUGCGGUCAAAGAACAUCCCCUUUGUCGGGAUUGUGGGCCUGGAGUGCGCGGAUGACGAAGUGCUCGUACGGCGCAUGGGCGGCGACGAUGACUUGAAGGAAAAGCUGAAGUUCCACCGCGUGAUUCACGCCCGCAUCGUCAGCCUGGCGAAGAGCGCCGGCAUGUACCGCUUCGUCGACGCCACGAAGAGCAAGGACGAGGUCGUCCAGCAGCUGCGGACGAUGGUGUUGGGGUGCUGUGCCCAGCCGCCCAGCCGCAGCAUCGCCGGGCACCAGUACGAGGACUCCCGCGCCAACGUCAUGGUGGAUGACUACAAGGAGUACAGCGACGUGCUCACGCACCUGUUCAAGUGUGUCAGCAACCGCGGCUCGCAGUUCCCCGGCAGCGCCGACCUGCUCCUGCCCUUCUCCACGAAGGAGAUGACCGACAAGAAGACCGUCAACGCCCUUAAGUCGCGCUACGGCAUCCGCAGGAAGGUCUCCGGCAAUCGCUACCUCCUCCUCUACCACGAGAAGAAGCUGUACCUCGUGCCACCGCACAUGCGCGCGGUGCUGCUGAUGCCGCUGAAGGCCUGGCUCGGGACCCGGCUGGAGGGCGAGAAGGUUGGCACCUUCGUGCUGGAGGGCGACCUGGCUCGCCUCUGCCACGACCGUCAAAAGGAGAUGUUUCUCGUGUACGACGCCUGCUACUGGAGCGAGGCCGCCGACCCGGCGAGCAACACGAUGCUGCACAUGACCUUCGCCGAGCGGGAAGCAUUCCUGGCCGGCAACAUGUGCAACGAGGCGCAGGCGUUCAUCGGGGCGGAUACGGAGUGCGUCGUCGUGCACCAACCCACUCAGAAAAUGAGCACCGCGCUGGACAUGCUCGACUCCGAACUUUACCCGAGCGACGGACUCGUCUUCCAGGCCGUCAACCCGCUGCACCGCAGUGACCACGCCUUUGUGUGGCAGCAGCCGUCGUGCCUGACGGUGGACUUCCGCGUCGGGCGGCAGACGGACACGAAGGCGUCGCACGAGUCGGACGUGCUCGACGGCAACGGGGACUCCCGCCGUGGGUUUCUCCCGUCACAGUCGCCAAGCAAUAGAAGUGUUUCUGCUGCUGCCACGUCUGGUGUCGGUGCUGCUGGCGCUGCUGCUGCUGCUGCUGCGACGCGCCGUGGCAGCACCGACGCCUUCCUCGACCUGCCAGUGCACACCUUCGCGCUGGAGGUGUACGACAAAACGGAGAAGAUGUACGUGCAGUACGAAGACGCCACCGUGGACGUGCGACACCCCGACGUGGUGGAGGGCUGCAUCGUCACCUGCAGCCUCGUGGACGGCAGCCCGCGCCGGUGGCUCUUCCGUCGCCUUCGCUACGACGUCCUGCGCCCGAUAUAUAAGAUGGACCUCGACAAGCUGCUCGGCGCCUGUCUCAUCCCGCGUGCGAAGCUCGUCUCGUGGCUGCUGAGCGAGCAGCUCGUGCCGUCGGAGAUACAGCCGGAUGGGCACGGAGGUGCGGGUGGUGUUGGCGUCGCCGGUGGCACCUCGAACAUCCCGAGCGUGCCACCGCCGUCGUACGACGCAGCCGCCGCGGCGGUCGGCAGCAUGAGCAAGAACGCCGCGCCGAUGGGUCCGAUGGGCGGCACAAAUGGGACGCUGUUUCCGCCACCACCGCCACCACCGCCGCCGCCGCUCCGCGCGUG